AUGUCCUACCCUGACCUUACCUUUUUCAAGGCCCUGUCCUUUGAUGUGUAUGGGACCCUCAUCGACCAAGAACCUGGUAUGAUCCGUGGCUUACAGCCCAUCAUUUCCCGGCUUCCAACAAAGAGCGAGUACAAGCAGAAUCCCUCACUGUUGAUCCAGCGGUUUGAUGAGAUUAUUAAGGGCAUUGAAGCCGCGGAGCCAACUCUUCGUCACGACAUCAUUCUUCUACGCUCUUUUGAAGACCUUGCAAAUGAACUGCAAGUGUCUGUACCCGAGGAUGAAACCAAACAUGUUGGGUCGAUUCCCGGUACCUGGCUACCUUAUCCCGACACGAUCCCUGGUCUGCAGAUCCUGAAGAAACAUUACAAGUUGAUCACCCUUACAAACAUGGACAACGCGAAUGUUUCACAAACUCUAAAGCAUCUCGAGCCAAUUGAGUUCGACAAGGUCUGCACUGCCGAAGACAUCGGCAGUUACAAGCCUGCUAAAAAUAACUUCGACUACCUAUUUGAGAGCGUGAAGAAAGAUCUGCACGUGAGCAAGGACCAGGGAGAAUUACUUCACGUAGCUAGAAGCUUAACUGCAGACCACGUCCCAGCGAAACGCUUUGGCCUGAGGAGCGUUUGGAUCUCGCGGGGCGGAAGCACGAAGGAGGGACAGGGAGUUGGAGGUGACUACGAGAAAUUGGAACAGGACGUGGCGUUUGAAUGGAGAUUCGAGACCAUUGGAGAGUUUGCUGAAGAAGUAGAAAGGCAAUUUCGAGAGAAGAGCGCGUAG